AUGCCAGCUGAAUAUUCUGGUGAACGUCGUUCGUCUUAUUCACAUUAUUCAAUGUCACAAACAAACAAUGAAAAACCAAUCAUAACGAGAGAAGAAGAUCAGCAAACUGAGACAUGGAAUCAACCGUUUGGUACUAAUAUACCACAGACAUCCUUGACAUCCUUUCAUAAUCGUUCAUCAACAUUGAACGAUGGAGAUGGUAGAAAAAUCUUACACAGAGCACCACAAUUUAAUUUAGCCCAAGAUUGGGAAAAUCGAUCACGCACACAAUCGGGAACGUAUAUAAAUAACAGUGAUGAUCAGCAAUUUAGAUCACAAUAUAAACUUGGAUCACAACAGCAACAACAACAGCAACCACAAUAUUUUUCAUUACCGCGAAGAUUUGAUUCAUCAUCUUCAUUUCAACAAGAACAAGAACAACAACACCAGCAACAAAAACAAACGUCGUCAUCCUCUUAUUACGAUCAAAAAGAAUCAUCAUAUUCACGGGCAGCAAGUGGUGGAGAUCAUAAUCUUCUUGUUAGGCAUAUUCCUGUUACCCAAAAGUCAUCAUAUAGUGCAUUGCAACAUCAAUAUGAUUCGCCAUAUUAUCAUGGUUUUAAAUUUCAAGUGUUACCAGGCACAAGUCCAUUCGAUAUGAGUGCUUAUGUCACAAGUCCAUCUGGUCAUAUUGAAGAUUGUGAAAUAGUCGAUUUAGAUGACUGUAAUUAUUCAAUUAAAUUUGUUCCAAAACAAAUGGGUGUACAUACAGUUAGUGUCAAACAUAAAGAUAUGCAUAUUCCUGGAUCGCCAUUCGAGUUUACCGUUGGUCCAAUAGCUGGAGGUGGAGCACAUAAAGUUCGUGCCAGUGGUAGUGGCCUUACACGAGGAGAAGUGAAUACGCAAAGCGAGUUUAAUAUUUACACGCGUGAAGCCGGUGCUGGCGGUUUAGCUAUUGCAGUUGAAGGACCGGCAAAAGCCGAAAUUGACUUUUUUGAUAGAAAAGAUGGAUCGUGUGGAGUAUCUUAUGUUUGUCCAGAACCAGGAGAAUAUCAAGUGUCAAUCAAAUUUAAUGACGAACACAUCCCAGAUUCUCCUUUCACAGUCAAUAUAUCACCUCCAAUUGGUGAUGCUAAAAAACUUACAAUACAUAGUUUGAAAACUAAAGGACUUGAAGUAAACAGACCCUGUACAUUUACCGUAAACGUUAACGGUGCAAGAGGACGAUUAGAUGCACGUGUAACAGCUCCAAGUGGUGCAGAAGACACUUGCCUUGUUCAAGAAAUGGGGGAUGAACAUUACGCAAUUCGAUUUAUACCACGAGAAAACGGUGUUCACUGGGUACAUGUAAGAUUUAACGGAAGAGAUAUUCCAGACUCACCGUUUAGAGUUGUUGUUGGACAUGCAAAUGCAGAUCCAGGACGAGUGUUUGCAAGUGGUCCCGGACUUUAUCAGGGUGAAACAGGAAGACCGUGUGAAUUCCUAAUCGAUACAAUGAAUGCAGGAGCUGGUGCUCUCGCUGUAACUGUCGAUGGACCAUCUAAAGUACAACUUGAUUGUAAAGAAGUAGCUGAAGGUUAUCGUGUUACAUUUACUCCAACAGCUCCAGGAGAUUAUUUAAUUACAAUUAAAUUUGCUGGUAUUAACAUUGGUGGUAGCCCCUUCAAAAAUACUGUAACGGGUAUGGGUAUGAAUAAUCGUACAAGUGGUUUGAUGACAACAAGUACAUCAGGAUCAUCAUAUGCUCAAAGACAACAAAAUGUUUCUAAUAUAAUAUUUGAAACUGUUGAAAAAUCAGCUUCGUCAAGUCAUCUAACUUCUAUGCAACGUCAAUCAGACGCUGGAAAAGUUAGAGUAAAUGGACAAGGAUUACAAAAAGCAUAUCAAAAUCAAAAAGCAUCAUUUACUGUUGAUACUCGAGACGCUGGGAGUGCAAUGUUGAUGGUAGGUGUCUAUGGACCAAAAUAUCCAUGUGAAGAAGUAUUCAUCAAACAUAUGGGAAAUAAUCAAUAUAAUGUAUCUUAUACAGUAAGAGAAAAAGGAGAAUAUAUGUUAAUUGUGAAAUGGGGCGAUCAACAUAUUCCUGGCUCACCGUGGCAUAUUGAAGUUGUAUAA